AUGAAAAGUGCCGCUACUAAUAAAGCCACAGUUAUUCAAGUUCGAGAAGCUGGAGAUGAUAGCAUAGCUGAAGGUCAUGGUGCCAAUAAUGACCGUACCUAUGCUAAGGUCAUUUUAGUUCAAGAUGCCUACAGUGCCAGCGGAUCCUUGAAUGAAGACGCUCCGCCAGAUGAUCUUUGUGCAUACAGAUAUGCUCAUGAUGAUAACACUCACGCAACCGAAAGUGAAUACAGUAAUCAGUUCAAUAACAGCGAUGAAAGUGGCGCAACUACAAGUUUUCCCACAGGCGUUGUGCGAAAAGAUCUUGACUUCAACGAGGUUCAAGAAGGUGCACUCUCUCGGUGUCAUAGUUCCCAUGCGAGCAUGGAUUUACUAAAGGUAGACCCCAUGAUCUCUAAAUACAAGGCAUCAUGCAGUGACCGUCAUGAGGAACAUAUGGACGAUGACAUCACAGAAGAAACUGAUUUUCACCACAUUUUUGACGCAGACAAUGCUGCUAUUGAUGCUGACGAAGGAAACACUCGUAAAUUUGGCUUCCAUACAAGUGACAUAGAUCAUGCUGAGGCUAAAAAUACUGUUGAUGACGGCAAUGAUGGCGAAGACGUUGGUGGCGAUGGAGAUGACAGAGGAGGUAGUGGUUAUGGUGAUCGUCUUGCCGUUGUUACUGAUAGCAUCGAAGAAGAUAGUGGUAAUGACGAUGACCAUGAUUAUAGCCACGACGGUGAUGAAGAUGGUGGUGGUAGUGGCCGAGAUGUUAAUAUUGAAGAACAUGGAGUAAACUGUGGUGAUAAUGACACUGAUGGUGAUGCCAAAGACGACCACGAUCAAAAUGGUAUCGAUGAGUCCAGUGGUCAUAGUAAUGGUCGUAACUGUCAAGUAUUCUUAGUUGUAGACCCUGAGGUGAUUCGCUACAUUUUUGAAACUGUGCAUAAAGAUGAGUUCAACAAAUUUUUGAAAGAGCAAGGAAUCGAGUUCGAUUGGAAGGAUGGAAGUAAUCUCGCAAACUUUAACUGCAUCGGUGAUACCGACCAGGAAACCUUGACUUCCCGCGUUAGAGCUGCACAGUCGUUUGUCGGCAAUUUUCGCAAGUAUGAAAUUCCCAUGGAAAAAAACAUUUGGAAAGCUGUCAAGAAAGACCUCCUUCCAACGGAUGGAUUUCCAAAGAUUCAAUAUCUCGAGGCGGAUUUGAAGCUGAAGGUUAUCGCAAAGGACCCUGAGGGCAAAUACAGGGAACUUAUUGAAGAAAAAUUGCCCACAAGUUCAACCCGUUUUCACUAUUCUAAAGGACAUAUUUCGUUACUUAAGAAGACAGACUUUGUUCAAAACAACGUAAAAGAAAAAUGUAAACAGGUAGACGUUUACCUUGAUGAAGAGAACGAAGAAGUUCGCCUACAGGGUCCAAGACAUGAGUUAGAUUCUGUUAAGGAAGAAUUCUUAAAGCAAAGGCAAGCUACUCAUGAAAAAAGGUUAAACGAUGAACUAAGUCAGAACGUAGUACGAUUUCUCGCCACAGAAAAAGGCAGAAAUGCAGUUGAAGAUGUUUUGCAAACUCAUAGAUUUAAAGCCGUCAUUGAAUUCGAAACCUUUGCCGGGAAAAAGUUUGCGAAAAUACUUGCAAAUUCUGCCGAAGAUUUGAAAGAAGCAGUUGCUCGUACAUCCAGAAUAGUUCAUGAGGAAGAAGUAGAGGUUGAUGAAAAAAAUUUGACUUUGAAAUCACAUCCUGAAUGGAAUGAGCUUUGUUCGAAUGAAAUGAAAAAGAAUCCUGGUAUGAGCAUUCAAGGCCCCGAUAGACCCAGCACUCUGCUCAUAGGAUUUACAGAACAAGUUAAAAGCUCAGCCAAAAGGUUGCAACAGUUUUUGGAUGAAAAUUCGAUCAGAACAGAGCAAAUCCAUUGUCGAUCUUGGUUAAUCAAGCAGUACAUAAAAGUGCAUCGAGAUAAGGACUUGCGUUUGAAAGAAACAGAACUGGUUCAAUCAAGUGUGGAGUUUUUUGCCGACGAGACAAAAGAUGACAUAUUUCACAUUUCAGGCCAGGGGAACGGUAUUCAUGAAGCGAAGAAAUUUCUUACUGAGAUCAUUAACAACACAGAAGUCAACUCCUUCACCAUUGAACAACCAGGCCUUAAAAAAACCUUUGAACGGAUACGGGACGCACUUCUUACGAGUUCAGGAACGCAUUGUCUGCUUGUCACCGAAAGUGUAGAGGAGAUGAUGCAAAUCACCACGGCCAACGGACAAACCAUCUGCAGAAAAAUUGGGAAUAUAAGCGAAGAACGGGCGCAUACAGUGGUGAUUCCUACUGGAGAAUGUUUCGACGCGAUCAGGAUGUCUUAUCUAUCCGUGAGUCCCGUGUCAGAGUCUGUACCAGUCGGAGGAACUUCCUUGUCACCUCGUUACAUUGGUUUGCCAUUUCAGCGUGUGAUUCAUACGCACUGUACUGAUUGGAGCGAAGGUUUGGGAGAGAAGACUCUAAGAACUAUUGUCAAGGAGUCACUUCAAAAGGUUGCGAACAUUGGAGGGGGUUCGAUUGCCUUUACCGUUAUUGGAACUGGAAGACUCAGAUUUCCUGCAAACGAUGCCUGUAGUAUCAUGGUAGAUGAAGUACUGAAGUUCUUCCAGAGCAACUCAGAAUCUUGCUUCAAAGACGUGCGGCUAAUCGCAUUCCAUCAAAACAAAAUCACGAGCGAAGCACUUCGCCAGGUGUUGAAGAGCACACAAGAGAGUGAUAAAAGAAAAACAAUGUUCUCGAUGCCUAAGCCUGUCAUUGCAGUCCAUGAAGAAAUCCGUCGAGUUAGCGUUCAGAUCAAACGAGGCAAUUUGAUUCAUGAAAACACUGACGCUAUUGUGAACGUUAUCGGUCCUGAUAUGAACAUGAAUGCAGCGGGAGAUUUGAGCAGGAGUCUAGCAAAAGCAUGUGGUCCUAAAGUACAAGAAGAAUGCAGACUGCAGUCACCACAACAGGCGGGAGAGGUGGUUAUGACAACAGCAGGGAAUUUGCCAACGCAAUCCAUCAUCCAUUUAAUUCCAAAAUCAAAAGAAAAUAUCUCAAAGUGCAUAGAAAAAUGUUUGCAGCUUGCCGAUAGGAAAGGUUUAGGAUCCAUCUCCCUUCCUGCGAUUGGAACUGGAGGAUUUGGAUUGUCAGCCAAAGAAUCCGCAAACGUCAUCUUCCAGGCACUUAGCAGCCUUAGCUUUACCGGCCACCUCGGACUUGUCAGUAUUGUUAUAUUGCAUGCGCGAAUGAUAGAGUCCUUUCGACAUGAAAAGGAAAUGCGCGCAAUACCGUCGUUAGCAUCAGCAGUUACGAAAUCUACCCAUACGCCGAGCAUUGCACUGCAUAUUGAGAUCUUAAAAGGAGAUUUAACUCAGCAACAUACAGACGCCAUUUUUAAUACCAUUAACACAGAUAUGAACAUGCGCAACGCCGGGCGAAUAAGUUCCGCAAUUGCUGAGGCCAGCGGUCACCUAGUAGAGGACGAAUGUGCAAAAUUAAGUCCGCAGCCCGGAGGAUCAGCUGUGAUUACAAAUGGCGGGAAGCUGAAAGCACGUCAUAUCAUUCAUUUAGUCCCCCUUUCCUCCGAUAAACAUCACCUUCAAAUGUGCCUCGAAAAUGGUCUUCGACUCGCCGAAAAAUGUGGGCUACAUUCAAUUUCAGUUCCAGCAAUCGGCACCGGUGGAUAUGGUUUAACAGCCACGCAUUCAGCUAACAUGAUUUUUCAGGCCCUUGAAAACGUUGGCAAAGAUUGUGUGAGCAUUCGUCAAGUGAACAUCGUAGUAUUUAAUGAUGAAAAGAUUCACGACGCUUUUAAAAUUGAGAAAGACAAAUUGCAGCAAAAUGUUCGUGUGGAUAGAAUUGAAACUCAACCAAUGACGCAAAGUGUUAGAGUCUAGGUCACCGGAUGUGAUACCACAAAAGUGUCCAAGGCAGUUGAAGAUUUGACAAGUGGUUUUUCAAAGGAAUGCAAAGAAGCCAAAGUAAAAGACGUCGGAAUUGCACAACUUUCAGAAAGUCAAGUCAACUUGCUAAUGGGUGAAGCACAAGAUUUGGACAUUCAGAUGGUCUUCGACGCCACGAAAAAUUGCAUUAAAGUACGUGGGGACGCCAGCGAGGUACAGAUUCUGGUUCCAAAGAUUUACGAAGAGAUAAUCCAAAGACGAGAAGAAUUACAAGACGAGCAAGAGGAGGAGAACGCCAAGAUGAUCUCCAAAAUUGUACAGUGGUCGUAUGAGACCAAGGAUGGGAUGGAAACUCAGUUUGACUUGCGUACGAAUUACAACAUCGAGCUGGCUCACAAUAAAGGAAAAACAAGUGUAACUUUGCCUUUCAAAGACGACAAUUUCUCCAUUGAUCUGAGAGAAAUGACUGCAAUGGGACAACAAUAUGGUGAAGCUAUUAUUCUAAAACGAAACCGCAAAGAUGCAGAAGGAGUUCCAUUGCCAGAACACUGGUCCCCAAUGACGACUGAUGAAGAUUUUGAAGCUGUGCAGCUGGACACCAGAUCAAAAGAGUAUCAACAAGUCGCUAACAAAUUGUUAUCUGCUGCCAAAGCGAAUCUAACGAUUAAAAGAAUUGAACGUAUACAAAACCUUUUUAAGUAUAAGAAGUACAUGUUGACAAAGCUAAAAAUGGAAGAAAGAAAACAUGGCGGAAGCAAUGAAAAACAUCUGUUUCAUGGUACAUCUAGUAAAAGCUUCACUAGCAUCAACAAAGAAGGCUUCGACAGAGGCUACACUGGAAUUCACGGAAAAAUUUAUGGCAGUGGUGUUUACUUCGCAAGGGAUGCACGUUAUUCCGAGAGCUACACAGAGGCUGAUGACAAUGGUGACCGGUAUAUGUACCUUGCUCGGGUACUUGUUGGAUCAUUCUGCCAAGGCACUCCAGAAAUGAAAAAACCUAAGGUUAUCGAUUCAAACGGUUACGAGAUCUCGUUCGAUUCGACCGUUAAUAGGACGGUAAAUCCUACGAUCUUUGUGGUGUUCACUGAUGAUCAAUGUUAUCCUGACUACUUAAUAACUUUUAGAUGAAGUCCAUAAAUCUUAACCGUUACCAUCCGAGUAUGAACUUAUCACGGUCUAAGUAACUAGCUGUUGUAUAAUUGUAUCAAGGCUCAGUUUUCUAGAGUUGUCGUCUUGUUUUGAACUAGAACGAAUAAGCUGUUUUCAUGUUUAAAAUGCUUGCAUGAAAUUGUAACAUGACCAAAGUAAAGCGCGCGCUCUGAUUGGUCAAUUUAGCGUCCCCCAUUUGC